AUGGAUAGCAAGAACGUUGAAAGUGGAGCCGAUUAUUCUGGAGCUGUGAAGAAGACCAGUCCAGAAGAAAUCGCACUCGUGAGGAAGAUGGAUAUCCGUAUAAUGAGUAUUCUGUGGGCGAUGUAUUUCCUAAAUUAUCUUGAUCGCAACGCCAUUGCUCAAGCACGUCUCAAUAAUCUGGAAGAGGACCUUGGGCUUGUUGGCACGCAGUACAACACUUGUAUUAGCAUCCUUUUCGUUGGGUAUCUGCUCAUGCAGAUCCCCUCGAACAUGCUCAUGUCCUCGCAAAAGGUCCGCCCGUCGAUCUAUAUGUGCAUAUGCAUGAUGGGUUGGGCCAUUGUUUCGGCAUGUACUGCUUUGACUCACAACUACACGGGCUUGGUUGUAGUGCGAUUCUUUCUUGGAAUUGCCGAAGCACCGUAUUAUCCUGGCGCACUUUAUUUGCUCUCCCUAUUCUAUACACGAAAGGAGAUUGCAACCCGCUUGAGCGUCUUAUACUCCGGCAACAUAUUUGCUACUUCAUUCUCGGGGCUGAUAGCUGAGGCAACCUUUUCAACCCUGGAUGGCGUUCAUGGACUUGCUGGAUGGAAAUGGUUGUUCAUCAUUGAGGGAAUCGUCACAUUUGGUGUUGCAAUCAUCGGCAUGUGGAUGUUGCCCGACUAUCCGCUGACCACGCGAUGGCUAACACCAGAAGAGCGUCAAUUGGCACACGAACGAAUCGAACGUGACACUGUCGGUAUCGAACCUUCCAAAGGUGCACGCGCUGGAUUCAAGCAGGCAAUCCGUGACCCACGUCUAUACCUACUUUGCCUCAUGCAGAAUAUGCAUCUUUCGGCUUGCAGCUUCAACAACUUCUUCCCCACGGUGGUCAAGUCGCUCGGAUUCAGUCGUACUAUUACACUCGUCUUAACCUGCCCUCCUUAUCUGGUCUCUGGUUUCUUCGGUGUCGUAGUUGGACUUACCUCUGGAAAGUUCAACGAGCGGACCUGGCACAUCACUUUGUGUAUGGGUGCUGCUCUCGUCGGUUUCAUCAUCUCAUGCGCGACAAUGAACACAGCAGCGCGAUACAUCUCUUGCUUUCUGUUCGCGUCUGGGGCAUAUGCAGUGAACUCCGUCAUCCUCGGCUGGGUGUCCGCUACGCUGGGUCAAACAGCAGAGAAGAAAGCGGUGUCUCUAUCAAUUGUCAACGUCGUUGCAAAUGCUAGUUACAUUUACACCGCAUACCUUUACCCGAAAAGCGAUGGCCCCAAGUAUUUGGUCGCCAUGUCGAGCAAUGCGGCAUUUGCAUUUAUGACGAUUGUAUGUGCAUGGUGCUUGAGGGUUUGGCUUCAGCGGACGAACACGAAGCUUCGCAGAGAGAAGCCGGAAGAGAACAUUUACUAUGCUUACUAG